GUGCAUAAUAAAACUUCAGUAAAAUUCAAAAUAUUCAAUUGUUAAAUAUAUGUCAAUCAUCUGAAUCAUGUCAUUCUGAUUAAAGCGGUUCAAGUGAACGCUUGUUCAGAAUGUUUGUUUUUACGCUUUUAUGUAUUUUCAUCGGUUCCACAUUAGGAUAUGUGGACAAAGAUACUCCGCCGCAAUGGAGCAGCGUAUAUACCGUUAAAGGAUUGCUAAAUAUACCUUAUGCAGAGCUGCACGAACCAUUUUACGCUUGGUUCGACAGUAAAAAUGGCAAAUCCCGUAUCGACUACUAUGGCGCUAUGGUCAAGACUUACCAAAUGUCCCCGUCAACGUAUCCGCAAUAUGGCACAUCUAUUAAGAUAGCACCAGUGACUACUGAGAAAGUCCUCAACCAUGAAACAUGUCUCCAAGUCAACGGAACCAGUGACGAGAGCAUCAAGAUACAAUCUGUGCUACCGGACAUGACCGAUUUCAAAUUUAUUGGUUCAGAAACAAUGCAAGAUUCUGAUACAUCAAAAUGGCGUAUGGUUCAGACGGUCGGUGACAAAAUCAACAAAUACACUAUGUGGGUUAAGUUCAGGAAGAGUCUGAGGGGAGAAGCCGUCGCUAUUCCCGUCAGGUACGAAAUGAAAGGCUUCAACUCUCUGCUUGGCUCUCACUACGACCAUUACUACAUCGACUACAGCGAUUACGAUGUGAAUGAUAUCGACCAGGACGUGUUCCACGUGGACUCAGGUUUUCAAUGCACUUCGUUCCCCGGGCCCGGCUCCCGCCACUUUGCCACCUUCAACCCGAUGAAGGAGUUCGUUCAUCCUGUACAUGACGCUCACGUCGCUGAUGAGUUCGAGAGAUUCAAGAUGAAGCACAAUAAGCAAUACGCGUCUGAAAUUGAACACACUACCAGAAUAAACACCUUCAGACAGAAUCUCAGGUUCAUCCACUCCACCAACCGCGCGCGGCGCGGCUUCACGGUGUCCGUCAACCACCUCGCCGACCGCUCCGACGACGAGCUGGCGGCGCUGCGCGGCCGCCGCUACUCCGGCCCCAACGCGCUCGGUCUACCCUUCCCCUACGGAAAUGCUGAGUUGGAGGAGAUGAGCUCUAAGUUACCUCCAGAGAUGGAUUGGAGGCUGUUCGGUGCUGUUACCCCCGUUAAAGACCAGUCGGUGUGCGGCUCGUGUUGGUCGUUCGGCACGGUGGGGGCUGUGGAGGGUGCUCUGUUCCUGCACAACGGUGGACAUCUCGUGCGGCUCAGUCAGCAGGCGCUCGUCGACUGCUCCUGGGGUUUUGGGAACAAUGGCUGUGAUGGCGGAGAAGAUUUCAGAGCGUACCAGUGGAUCAUGAAACACGGUCUGCCCACUGAGGAAGACUAUGGCGGUUAUUUGGGACAGGACGGCUACUGUCACAUCGACAACGUGACCCUCGUGACGUCCAUCAAGGGCUGGGUCAACGUCACCGCCAAGAAUGAGAACGCUCUAAAGUUGGCGAUUUUCAAGCAUGGACCGAUAUCAGUAGCCAUCGACGCUUCUCACAAGACUUUCAGUUUCUAUUCCAAUGGAGUCUACUACGAACCUAAAUGUAAAAAUGAAGUAGAUCAAUUAGAUCACGCCGUCUUGGCCGUCGGCUUCGGAGUCCUCAACGGGCAGAAGUAUUGGCUGAUUAAGAAUUCCUGGUCGAAUCUCUGGGGUAACGACGGCUACGUCCUCAUGGCGAUUAAAGAUGACAACUGUGGCGUCCAAGCCGCGCCCACUUACGUCCUAAUGUAGAUCGAAGUACUAAGAGAUUAUUUUUUUAUGUAUAUUAUGCUAAGCUAUAUUAACGAUGCGGUCUUGAAGAUUUAUUAGCGUGUGAUCAGUUAAAUACUGUUUUGUCUCUAUCGGGCAACAUUGGUUUGAUAUUCGUUAGAAAGAGACAGCGUUUAACUGUCACUCCCUAAGCAAGAUUUUUAAAAGAAAGUCGUUGGUUUUUAAGAAAGACUUAAGAGCAAUUUAAAUUAAGAAGAUCUCUUUUAAAAAUGAUAUGCAACCGUUAUAUUAUUGUUAAGUGAUUUUUUUCUUUAUUAAUUUCUUAUACAUUCCUAUACCAUUCGAUGUGCGAUGUAACCUGUGUCUACGUUCAGAUAUGUCUUAGGUGGGCCCCUAAGUAGUGUUAGCCGAGGGCCCCCUAAGUAGUGUGAAACUUACGGUCCGGCCUUGGAUAAUUGGAUCGAAUUGUGCAUAUUUAUUAAAGAAAAUUCAUUUGUAACAGGUACAGUCACUAUGAAAAUGGUUUUAACUUUUAAAUCUUUUUAGUAUGGAAUAUGUCUGUAUAAUAAGGAACAAUUUAUUAUUAAAACGAUUUAAUAAUGCAUAGCACGCCCGAAAUUUGGUGUUAAUUAAUAUGGACGUCACAUGUAACGCCAUGUCAGUGUAACAUAAUUGGUAUAGGAUUUGUUUUUUUUUUUUAAAUCGAUACAAUGUUGGUCAAGCCGCUGACAUGACAGAUAAUAAAAGUUAACAUAGCGACUGAUAUCUGAAUAUAUUUAUAUAUGAAAUAGAAUACCAAUUAGUGAGUUAAUUUUUUUUAUAUAUUGUAUCCAGUUAUUGAUAUCUAUAAAAUGUUUCAUAAAGAGGUAUGGAAUCUCAUUGAAUGCUUAAUAUAUGCUAGGAAUAUAGGCUGUGUUGCAAUUAUGCUCUCUAGAAAUGCUAUCAUUAAAUUAAGGUAAUUUUUUUUUU